AUGUUCUCUGACGCCGUGCAGCGUAGACAAGCCAGCGGAAUCGUUGCGAAUCUGGUCGCUGACGACCUUAUACGCUCACCAAUGACACCCAAACCAGGAGACUCGCGCUACCGCCGUGCCAAGGUUAUUGCAUCCCUUGGGCCCAGCUGCAAUACAGAGGGAUCCAUUGCUCAGAUGAUCCGUCACGGAGCAGAUGCGUUCCGCAUCGUUAUGGCCAAGGCAAGCAACGAGGAGAACAUCAGGCUUUACAAUUUGGUCCGCAAGUGUGCAGCAGACCAGAAAAAGCACAUCAGCAUUAUCGCCUCGCUUCAGGGACCGAAGUUCCGUGUCACGCGGUUCAGGAAUACGACGAAUUCCAUCACCCUUCAAGAGGGCUCCGAGCUCAAUAUCAUGUUCAACAAGGCAAUGGAAUGCGACGCACCCAAUACAGUUUUUGUUAACGAGUCAGAAAUAUUCACGGUCAUCGAGGUCGGUGACGAGGUAGUUUUCAAGAAUGGACCGCUUAUUGCAAAGGUUACAAGUGUUAGUCCGGACAAGACAAACGUCAAAGCUGUGGUGACCACUCGUGGCUCUACAAAACUCUACGGUGGAAGCUCUCUGCGCAUUCCAUCUAAGCUGUCGUCCAUAGCACCCCUCACAUCCUUGGAAUAUGAGCAUUUACAUCUCCUCGCCGAAAAGAUGCCGGUUGACUGGAUCUGUUACUCCCAUAUCAACACAGAGUCAGACAUUAAGCACAUAGAGAAUUACACCGACUUCUUAAGCAAAAAGUACCCUGACUUCAGACCGAUGCUAAUGACGAAGGUGGAGACCCCUCUGGCGGUGCUCAACCUUAAGCAGAUAGUAACUCACGUUGAUGGGAUCAUGAUAGCGCGCGGGGCACUCGGAGAUGAGAUGGACUUCAGCUACCUUCCGUCCAUUCAGAAGUCCAUCAUUCAGAUUGCUCGUGACUCCGGUAAGAUGUGCUAUAUAGCAACGAAUGUGUGUGAGUCCAUGUCUGAAAAUGUGAUACCGACACGUGCCGAGGUCUCCGACGUUACUAACUGUCUCGGAGAUGGGUGUGAUGGGUUUGUUCUUUGUGCUGAGACGUCCACGGGGCACCACUCGGUUGCCACUGUUAAGUACCUCGUGGAAAUCAUUGUUGCAGUCGAGAAUGAUCCUCUUGACGUCUCUUACAGAUCGAAGGUUCUGUUUAGUGGCACAACGCGCAAGCAACCGCUCAAGACGGAUUCACAGCACCGACUUCCUGACAGUAUCAGUGUCUCUGCUAUCAGCCUUGCCUCCAUUCUUGAUGCAAAGUGCAUUUGCAUCUUCUCCAUCCAUGGGGGCGGGCUGAUUCGCUUGAUGAGGCAGCGGCCCACAGUACCGGUUGUAGUUAUGACCGCUGCAGAGUCCACUGCGAGGUGGAUGAAUUUGCUCUGGGGCGUCACAGUCAACGUGUGUCACAGGUUCACUGACAUUGAGGAUGCGACAAAGGUAUGCGAUGAGUACGUUAUCAAGAACGGCAUUGCAGCCUCUGGAGACGACAUCGUCGUCAUCUUCGGGUCGUUCCUAGUUAGCUCGACAGAGCAUCCUGUCAAUACCAUAGGAACUGUCAGACGAGGGUCAAACCACGUCAUGGCACACGUUGUUAAGGGGGUAGACGGGCUAAAAAAGGCUGUGCCCACACCUGCACCAAUCAUUGCACCACCGAUUCCCACUGGCCCAGUCGAGUCGGCAACAUCACCCAAGGCUGACAGACAGGAUCGCUCCUCACGCUCGCGUGAGGCGUCUCAACCGCAGGUCAGGUCCUCUCCACCCUCUCAAACGGUUGCGUCUCCACAUGCACGCCAGGUGGGUGGGUCAGAACAACCCAAGUCGGGAGGACCGUCUGCUCAUUUACCGUCUGGGACGUCUCCAGGGGCUAUCCUAAGAACUAAUCGCAUCGCUGUGCCUCCUGGAUCCAGCUCUCCUGCCGUGACCAACUGA